AUGUGUUCUUCUACCAUUUCGUACGGGUUAUACGAAAGCAAAACGCACCAUCUGCUAUCUGCAAAAGGAUACCAAGGCGACCGAAUUGAAGCAUUUUGGCAGCAGUUCUGGUCACCGGAAAACGUCACGUCUGUGCAAGACGUAUUUUCGCUAAUCCCUUCGUCGGAGAUCAGACUUUUGCGCGAGAACUCUCCCAAUAAUCUCGCUACACUGUGUUGCAAAGCGGUGCGUUGUCUCGUAAAUGCGCAUGAUCAUGCCUUCAUUAACUGCUGUCGUCUGCUCACCAGAAUAUUUUUUGUUUUACUUCAGGAAGACAAAAGACCCCUUGCAAAAAUUUUGCUCACAGUGCUUUGCGACUUGUUGUUUUGCCCGGACUUUACCGUUGCUAACGAAACCGUGGAAUACCUGCAUUCGAUCGACAGCUGUGAGUAUAUUUGGGAAGCUGGCGUAGGAUUCGCCACGUCCCCUCCACACUAUCCGCAGCAUGAUUCGCAUCGAGUGGAAAUUCUCCGGCUUCUUUUGACGUGCUUCUCUGAAAUCAUGUACGUCAGCCCAAAUAAUACGGCAUAUCAAAAUCGAUGGAUCAAACACUUUACGUCUGCCGAAAACCGACACGUCCUGCCCCUGUUUACGAGUUUGAUAAACACUAUCUUUUCUUACGAUCCAAUUGGCUACGGCAUGCCCUACAACUAUCUCUUGUUUUUGGAUAGUCGUGAGCCUCUGGUCAGUACUGCUUUGCAGGUGCUGAAUGUUUGUCUAGAGAAAACGGCCGAACGUCCAGAUGAUAACGGUGACAUGGAGGUAAAGGGUUUUCAGUUAUUUUUGUCUUUUACUUUCAGCCAGUCUCUUAUGUUCUGUUUUUAUAGGUGGGCUACUUUGAAAACUUUUUCGUCAACUACUUAUCUAGGAUUCAUAGGGAAGAGGUGCGAUCAGUUUUUUUCGUUAUUUUGUUGUAAGUUCUUGUUUUAUGUACUAAAAAGCAGCAAUGUUUUGGACAUUCUCAUUCCAGUGCUGUACCAUCUAAAUGACUCUCGGAAUGAUCGAUCCCGAAUUGGUUUGGUACACAUGGGUGUUUUCAUUCUGUUACUGCUAAGCGGGGAACGCAAUUUUGGCGUACGUUUGAACAAGCCCUACACUAGGCGCUUGCCGAUGGAUAUCUCGAUGUUCACCGGCUCUCAUGCUGAUUUGCUGAUAAUUGUGUUUCACAAGUUAAUCACCACAGGAAACCACCGUCUACAGUCGCUGUUCGACUGUUUAUUGACGAUUAUAGUUAACGUGUCACCAUACCUUAAAUCAAUGUCGAUGGUGGCCGCCAACAAGCUACUACAUCUGCUUGAGGCGUUUUCCACCCCAUGGUUUCUGUAUGGUUCUCCUAACAAUCAUCACCUGGUGUUCUUCCUUCUCGAAAUUUUUAACAACAUUGUUCAGUACCAAUUCGAUGGAAACUAUAAUCUCGUGUACACUCUUAUUCGAAAGCGGCAGGUUUUCUACCAACUUGCUAAUUUGCCUACCGAUGAUGCCUCUAUUGCUAAGGCACUCUCUGGACGGAAAGGACUGACUGCGAAAAGUUCGAUCCCCAGGUCGCGCCCGGACAUACUCUCGCCAGUGGAUUCUACGCAGAUCAGUGAAGCAACGCCCCAAGAUGCAAAUCUCAAUGAAAUAGUCACUGUUCAAAGCUGGAAACAGAAAUUGCCUCUGCAGACGGUUAUGAGGUUGCUUCAAGUAUUAGUGCCACAGGUGGAAAAAAUUUGCAUUGACAAAAUGCUGACCGACGAAAACGAAAUUCUAAAGUUUUUGCAACACGGCACCCUGGUCGGUUUGCUGCCAGUUCCCCACCCUAUUCUCAUAAGAAAAUACCAAGGAAAUGCUGGCACCAACGACUGGUUUCGGACGUAUCUAUGGGGAAUCAUAUAUUUAAAGAAUAAUGAUCCUCCUAUCUGGUAUGACACAGCUGUUAAACUGUUUGAGGUUCAGAAAAUCUAA